AUGUCUACCAAUCCGACCACAGAGUCUGACCUUGACUUGGCCCCGAAAUCGUCCACAAAUGCUGAUCCGGAAGCUGUCGUGGUGGCCAACUGUUCGAAAUUUGUCGAGGUCCUAGGUUUGCGCACUAUUUUCCCAUUGUUCAUGCACAGCCCACGCGAACGAGUCGCUCCUGGCGUGUCUGGACCGGGCGGGAAGAAGAAAUCAUUGGGUGGUCCAUCUUCAGCCGAGAUGGAGGAGCAUAUAAUCAAGUGA